AUGAAGGUCCCAGCCGUACUUGCGGCUGCCAAGAAUCCAACUACCAUUCUAGGUUAUGGCUCGCUCUUGUCUGAAGCUUCUGCCCGUGUUACGUUUCCAGACCUUUCCAAUUUUCGGCUUGUUCGACUGCGAGGCAUGAGACGAGUAUUUGCGCAUCCACACUUGUUUUUGGUUUCGGAAGCUUUGGUGGACCCAGCUACAUCCUUGUGCUUAGCAUCCCUAUCGACUGAGCCUUGUAAUGAUAUGGAAAUAGGUUUUGUAGCUGCUGCGUUUGAUGUCAGUCUUGAUGAAGAACAGCGUCUUGCGUUUGUGAAACGAGAACCCGACUACAGUAUCAUGACGGCACCCUACUAUGAUAUCGAUGGACAUGGUGACAAAGAUCACUCCACUGAAAAAGGGAUUAUUUGCAUUGGCUGCAAGAACGACGAUAAACUUCCUGCAUUUUUGGAUGAGCCGAGAAGUCAGUUGGCAGCUGUGGGAAGAACCGUCUGGACUUGGAAAACAGAUUCAGGUUUGUUACCUGCUGACAUGUACCUUCGCCAUUGUCUGUUGGCAGUAAAUAAGGCUGGCGAAAAAGCUGAGCAAUCAUUCUUGGACGAGACAUACUUGAUAGAUCGAGAAACGACACUGAGAGAGUAUCUAUCUAGAGACGGAAAUGAGGAAAGAGUGAUGGGUUCACUACCUCCUAAGCGACUACUUGAACGAUUCAAUGGCUAA